AUGCGGGCACAACUCACAAGGAGGACGCUGCUCAGUCUGGUCCUCGGACUUCUGCUCCUGAGCACUGCAGCAGCCAUGCGUGGCUGCUCGGGUCCUUACCAGCAGCUCCUCAGCCAGCUCCAGAGGCAGGCGAACCUCACAGAGGACACCAGCUCACUUCUGGAACCCUAUAUCCAACACCAAGAACUGAACACACCUAUCCUGAGAGGAUCCUGCACAGAGCAUCCUGGGGCCUUUCCCAGCAAGGAUGCACUUCGGGGACUGAGCAAGCGAAGCUUCCUGUGGACUGUCAAUGCCAUCCUGGGCCGAGUCCUGAAAGGACUAGUUACUUUACAAAAGCAACUCUUAAAACCCCAGGACUUAGAAGAACUGGAGACGGCCAAGAGGAACAUACAAGGCAUCAGGAACAACAUCCACUGUAUGUCCUGGUUGCUUAAUGGCUCCUCUGAGACUGUUGAGCCCAUGCCGACAGGCUCAGGGCCUUGGCUGCAGCUCACUUCUGCCCUGGAUGUCUUUCAAGCCAAGCUGGAGGGCUGCAGGUUCCUGCGUGGCUACCAUCGCUUCAUGGGCUCAGUGGGGUGGGUAUUCAGGGAGUGGGGAGAGAGCCCGAGCAGGAGCCGGAGACACAGCCCACGCCGGGCUCUGCACAAGGGGGUCCUCAAGACUAGGAUCUUCAGGAGGGGCAAGAGGCCUGUGCCCUGGGGGCAUCUGCCCUGGUAG